GGAGCCCAGGAUACCAUUUGCCUUCCAAGCCGCAGUUUUCUUGAACUUCUUUUGAAAUUUCUUUUGAGAAGUGAGAUUGAUGCCCUGUAUCUUUCCAGAUUUAGAUAAAAACAAACUGUCGAUGCACGAUGGAUAGAUUUCCUUUGAACAAUAGUUAGCAUAUGAAGGAAUGUGUAUAAGUACAUGAGCUUGUGUGUGCAUUAAAAAUUUUUAUUGUGUUUAAAAUAAAGGGAACGUAUUACUAACUAAGACAGUUAUUCCAGUGAAAAAAAAUGUAUACCUCAUGGUGUACACGACAUGGUGACACGGUGAUGAGAUGCUGUAAGUAAAACUGUUGAUAGCAUAAAGUAGUAAGUGCUGGUAGAAGUAGCUGUAUGCAUCUGUGAGUCUAAUUAGAACUGUAAUAACCAGAGGCAAAGAAGUCUGUUCACGUUGUACAGUUACAAUUUUGUUAAAUAAAUAUUGAUGUAGAAGGAUGCAAAUAGUAUUUUACAUGUUGUACUGUUUUGCUUACACUAGCGUAGUACUGUUUAGAUAGUGUGAUGCUUCUGCCUUGAUUUAGCACAUCUGCCAUGUUGCCCCAUUAUGUAAUGGCAGUCGCUGCUGUCACAAGUCAACUCCUUGGUCAGUCUUCUGCUACAGAGGUAUUACUAGUAGGCCUAGCAGUGCCAUGCGUGCAGUCUGAUUUAUUGCUUAAACUUUGGUUUCAUCAUUAAAUAUUUCCUAUUGCGUCUUGAUACUUGUCCAGCUUCUGAUUUAUCUUCUCUGAAGUUCAGCCAUGUAGAUCUGUGAGCCUGUUAGUCCGAUUUUAGAGCUGUAGUUCAAAUAAGGGAAUAUCAUCAGGGUUGUUGUCAUACCUAAAUCAGAACUUCUGUGUUUUGGUGUGGGUCUCCUGCCUUUAUUCAGAACUAAAAAAGGCAGUUUCUUAUGAAACCAAACUUUUAUCUUUCAAGUUUAUUCUAUUGUUCUUUGAAGAGAGAGUAGAUUCCUUCAAUGUACAUCACAACAUGCUUUCUGGUUGCUCACGUUCAUAUAUUUAUCUCGUUCAUUAAAAUUUUCUCAGUUCUGUUUGCAUUUUUAUAUUAGUUACAGUAAAUGCAUAUGGGAGGUAAUAGAAAAUACUUUGUUUUGAUUACACAAUACAAAGCCCUGAAGCAGCAGCUGAAGCAAAACCCUAAGCAGAAGUGGAACCACGGAAUGCAGGAAUAUGGUUUUGCUGUCCUGGGGACGCCGGUCCUGAGCUUCAAGUGGACUAAUAGUGAUCAUGCUUCAAACUGAGGGCAGAACUUGUGUUUACAGUGGUUUUCAUUCAAUGUAUGACUGUUCUGGAAUCACAACUAACAUUUUUUUUCUCUUUUUUACAGACUGGACUUUGACAUUCUUUUCAUGACAGAGGUUUCCAAGUAGUUGUCUUGCUAUAACUUUGAGAAGAAGUUCUAUGUAGCUCUUACUUUCGAGAGUGCUGCAAAAAUGAUUACUUCAGAUUUGCCAGUACUACAGGAUUCUACAAAUGAAACUACUGCACAUUCAGAUGCUGGCAGUGAGCUUGAAGAAACAGAAGUCAAAGGAAAAAGAAAAAGGGGCCGUCCUGGCAGGCCUCCAUCUGCCACUAAGAAACCUCGGAAGUCUCCAGGAGACAAAGGUCGUUCUGAAUCUGGAGCCAGAGGAGCAAGUCGUGGAAGAGCUAAUGGCCACCCUCAGCAGAAUGGAGAAGGGGACCCUGUCACUUUGUUUGAGGUGGUUAAGCUGGGAAAGAGUGCUAUGCAGUCUGUGGUGGACGACUGGAUUGAAUCAUAUAAGCAAGACAGGGACAUAGCACUUCUGGAUUUAAUCAACUUCUUUAUCCAGUGUUCAGGAUGUCGAGGUACUGUAAGAAUUGAAAUGUUCAGGAACAUGCAAAAUGCAGAAAUAAUAAGGAAAAUGACAGAAGAAUUUGAUGAGGACAGUGGUGAUUACCCCCUUACCAUGCCUGGGCCACAGUGGAAGAAGUUUCGAUCCAAUUUUUGUGAGUUCAUUGGAGUGCUCAUUCGACAGUGUCAAUAUAGCAUCAUCUAUGAUGAGUACAUGAUGGACACGGUGAUCUCUCUUCUGACUGGUUUGUCAGAUUCCCAGGUCCGGGCUUUCAGGCACACCAGUACAUUAGCUGCUAUGAAGCUUAUGACUGCUCUUGUGAAUGUUGCCUUAAACCUGAGCAUUCAUCAGGAUAAUACACAGAGGCAGUACGAAGCUGAGAGAAACAAAAUGAUUGGCAAAAGAGCUAAUGAAAGAUUGGAGCUGCUGCUUCAGAAAAGAAAAGAGCUACAAGAAAACCAAGAUGAAAUCGAAAAUAUGAUGAACUCUAUUUUUAAGGGCAUAUUUGUUCAUAGAUACCGUGAUGCCAUUGCUGAGAUUAGAGCUGUCUGUAUUGAAGAAAUUGGUGUCUGGAUGAAAAUGUACAGUGAUGCAUUCCUGAAUGAUAGUUAUUUAAAAUACGUUGGUUGGACACUACAUGACAGGCAAGGUGAAGUGAGGUUGAAGUGUUUGAAAGCUCUCCAAAGUCUGUAUACCAACAGAGAGUUAUUUCCAAAACUGGAGCUGUUCACUAAUAGAUUCAAGGAUCGCAUUGUAUCAAUGACACUUGAUAAGGAAUACGACGUUGCUGUGGAAGCCAUUCGAUUAGUCACACUAAUACUUCAUGGAAGUGAAGAAGCUCUGUCAAAUGAAGACUGUGAGAAUGUUUAUCACUUAGUGUAUUCGGCACACCGGCCUGUUGCAGUAGCAGCUGGAGAAUUCCUUCAUAAAAAGCUGUUCAGCAGACAUGAUCCCCAAGCUGAAGAGGCUCUAGCAAAGAGGAGAGGACGAAAUAGUCCAAAUGGAAACCUCAUUAGAAUGUUGGUUCUUUUCUUUCUUGAAAGUGAGUUGCAUGAACAUGCAGCCUAUUUGGUGGACAGCUUGUGGGAGAGCUCUCAAGAACUGUUGAAAGAUUGGGAAUGCAUGACAGAAUUGCUGUUGGAGGAGCCAGUCCAAGGAGAAGAAGCCAUGUCUGACCGUCAGGAGAGUGCUCUGAUUGAGCUGAUGGUGUGUACAAUCAGACAAGCUGCUGAAGCACACCCUCCAGUUGGCAGAGGCACUGGCAAAAGAGUCUUGACAGCAAAAGAAAGAAAAACGCAGAUAGACGACAGAAAUAAAUUGACUGAGCAUUUCAUUAUUGCACUUCCUAUGUUGCUAUCAAAGUAUUCCGCUGAUGCAGAGAAGGUUGCAAAUCUCCUGCAAAUCCCUCAGUAUUUUGAUCUGGAAAUCUAUAGCACUGGCAGAAUGGAAAAGCAUCUGGAUGCCUUACUGAAACAAAUUAAGUUUGUUGUGGAAAAGCAUGUGGAAUCGGAUGUUCUUGAAGCCUGCAGCAAAACCUACAGCAUACUCUGUAGUGAAGAAUAUACAAUCCAGAACAGAGUUGACAUAGCACACAGCCAACUUAUUGAUGAAUUUGUGGAUCGAUUCAACCAUUCUGUAGAGGAUCUGCUGCAGGAGGGAGAAGAAGCUGAUGAUGACGACAUAUACAAUGUGCUCUCCACAUUGAAGAGAUUAACGUCUUUUCACAAUGCUCAUGAUCUCACAAAAUGGGAUCUGUUCAGUAACUGCUACAGAUUACUAAGAACUGGAAUUGAACAUGGAGCUAUGCCAGAACAGAUAGUUGUUCAGGCACUGCAGUGUUCACAUUACUCUAUUCUCUGGCAGCUGGUGAAAAUCACUGAAGGUUCCCCUUCCAAAGAGGACUUGCUGGUAUUGAGGAAAACUGUGAAAUCCUUUCUGGCUGUCUGCCAGCAGUGUCUAUCGAAUGUCAACACCCCAGUUAAGGAACAGGCCUUCAUGCUACUCUGUGAUCUCUUGAUGAUUUUUAGUCACCAGCUGAUGACUGGAGGGCGUGAAGGUCUUCAGCCAUUGGUGUUUAAUCCAGACUCGGGCCUCCAGUCAGAACUUCUCAGUUUUGUGAUGGACCAUGUCUUCAUUGACCAAGAUGAUGAAAACCAGAGCAUGGAGGGAGAUGAAGAAGAUGAAGCUAACAAAAUAGAAGCUUUACAUAAGAGAAGAAACCUUCUGGCUGCCUUUAGCAAGCUGAUAAUUUAUGACAUUGUGGACAUGCAUGCAGCAGCUGAUAUCUUCAAACACUAUAUGAAGUACUACAAUGACUAUGGAGAUAUCAUUAAGGAAACCCUGAGCAAAACAAGGCAAAUUGAUAAAAUCCAGUGUGCAAAGACGCUCAUUCUCAGUUUGCAACAGCUGUUCAAUGAACUUGUUCAGGAGCAAGGUCCUAAUCUGGACAGGACAUCUGCCCAUGUUAGUGGAAUUAAGGAACUGGCUCGUCGGUUUGCCCUCACUUUUGGCUUGGAUCAGAUCAAGACAAGAGAGGCAGUGGCCACACUACACAAGGAUGGAAUAGAGUUUGCCUUCAAAUAUCAGAAUCAAAAAGGACAAGACUAUCCACCUCCUAACCUUGCUUUCCUUGAAGUGCUUAGUGAAUUUUCUUCUAAACUCCUGCGGCAGGACAAAAAGACUGUUCACACCUACCUAGAAAAAUUUCUGACAGAACAGAUGAUGGAGAGAAGAGAAGACGUGUGGCUGCCACUAAUUUCCUACAGGAACUCUCUAGUUACGGGCGGUGAAGAUGACAGAAUGUCUGUUAACAGUGGGAGCAGCAGCAGCAAAACCUCUUCAGUGAGAAAUAAGAAAGGACGGCCACCACUACACAAAAAGAGAGUAGAAGAUGAGAGUCUGGAAGGCUCUUGGCUGAACAGGAAUGAAAACAUACAUACUCCAGGAGCACUGCAAGCACCACAGCUCACCUCAACUGUGUUGAGAGAGAACACCAGACAAAUGGGGGAGCAGAUCCAGGAGCACGAGUCGGAGCAGGGAUCUGAACAAGACUUUUUACACAAUCCCCAGAUGCAGAUAUCUUGGUUGGGCCAACAGAAGCUAGAAGAUUUAAAUCGAAAGGACAGGACAGGAAUGAACUACAUGAAAGGGAGAACUGGUGUAAGGCACGCAGUACGCGGUCUAAUGGAAGAUGACGCCGAGCCCAUCUUCGAAGAUGUAAUGAUGUCCUCACGAGGUCAGCUAGAGGAUAUGAAUGAAGAAUUUGAGGACACAAUGGUCAUUGAUCUGCCACCUUCAAGAAACCGACGAGAACGGGCUGAACUGAGGCCAGACUUCUUUGACUCUGCAGCUAUCAUUGAGGACGAUUCAGGAUUUGGAAUGCCAAUGUUCUGAAGUCUGCUGAAGACAUUUUACAAAUUUGGAACUCUAUUGUUUAGAGCUAGAGGCCUAUAUACUGUGAUAGCUUGUAUGAAAACCACAUUUUUGAUGUGAUACGGUUUGAUUUUUAACCAAAUGAUUAAGGUCAAUCCCUUUUUGUAGUGACAGAAAGAAGAGGAACUUCUUAAUGACACAAAGGAAUGUUGGCCAAUCCCGUCACCUCAGAAAGGCUGACCUAGAAAAUCAUUUGUAUCCCUUGUUCUUGACUGUCCUAAUACAGAUUUUUUUUUCCUGGAUGAGGAGGAAGUUUUAAAUUGUUAAGACAGCUGUCAAAAUAAACACUGUUCUACAUAUGUUUUCUGAAAACAUUGAGUGAUAACAGAACUUUUUAACUUUAUUUUUCUGCUGUACAAUUUAAAACGGUUUUAACAUUUGCCUUUUUAUGUUUUAAAAGCUAGCCAUUUUUAUUAAACCUAUGCCUAUCAGCCAUUGACUAGCAAUGAUGCUAUAAGCAGGUCGUUCUGGCUACAGAAAAGUGUUUUUGAACACACUGGAUUUGAUUAACAUUGUGGUACGCUUAUAUCCUCUCGUAGGCAUUGAGAAGAACACUCUCAUAGAAGAGGUUAGAAUUCUAAUGACGUGCAUCUCUGCCAAAAAAAAUUCAGAUUCUGAUAUGAUAAACCCAGAUUUUAUACUCUUGAGAAGAUUUAUUUUUAUUUAUAAUGGGACAUGAAGUGAGAGAUGUCCGUGAAGCCACUUUUCCAACAGACGCUGUGUAACAUUCAUUUUAUAUAGCACAUGGGGACACAAAAGCAGUAAGUUUUCUAUUGGUACUUGCUCUGUGCAUUUUUAGCAACUUAUACCAGCAAAUAAAGUAUUCUCAGUAAAACACACAAAUGGUUCUCAAGUAAUCACUUUGCUGUUUUUACUACCUACUUCAAGCCCUGCCAACCCAAGGUACAUAAACAGCAACUUUCCUAUUUAAAGAAACAAUAAUUCAAGGGUGGGGGACAGGAAUCGCUUUAGCAUCCUACAGGCAAUGUUACCUGUACCAUACAGAAGUCCACUUCCCAUGCCCUAAAUUCCCUUCUGCGCUAUUUUUGUAAAUUAAUUUUGCCAGUUAGAAGUACUGUAUGUGCUGCUUAGAAACUUGUGCUUAGAUGGUGAAGUUCUUAAGCUUACAAUGGAAUACAGCUACAUUUUUCAGUGUUAACUGUGCAUAUUAAGAGUAACUAUUUGGGGAAAAAAAUACAAUUUUUCAAAAAAGCAAAAAACAUUAAAAAAAAAAAGACAAACCCAGAACAGCCUCAGUUGAGUCACUGUAAUAAGAGAUUUUUCAGUGUCUUUAAUAAUUUGGAAUAAUGUUAUGCUUGGGUUUGAUGCCCUGGCUGGUAGCUGCUUAGUUAGAACAGGCCUGCUGCCAGAGCUGCUGCCCACCCACAGCCUGCACUGAGCAGUGACUCUGGGCAUCAGCCCCAAGCAUUCACCUUCCUUUCUGCAUUUGAGAUAGAAAGCAGACUGACCCACCUGGAGCACAACAGUUUAGAGGUGCUUUUUUUUUUUUUAAGCAACAGCAAAGUUAUCAUGGAACUUGUCUUUUUUUUUUUUUGUGAGCUUAUUUAAAAACAAAACAACAUUAAUACCCAGUGUUUAUUUGCUGGGAGGGGAAAAAACAUCUAAAAAGAACAAACCAGCAUUUCACACAGCUGAGGUUUGUUUUUUACAUGUGCAGUUCUCAAACAGAAACGGUUGCCAAAAAUGUUGGACUGGGAGAUCCAGCCAUUCCUCUCCUGUCAGUUGGGUAAUAGACAAAACAGGAGAAGUGGCUGGAGCUUCAUAAAAUAACAUUACCUCCCUUCCUCUUCUGUCCAUCCCUGUGGUGCUGGGUGGGCUGGGAUGGCUGCAUUAAAUUGUCAUCACAGUAAUUCUGUGAGCAUAGAGGCACAAUAAUGGCUGCCUGGUUUGAGUCAGAGCCUCAGACAAACCUUGUGCUUCACAGUCCUCUGUGUGGAAAACUGAUUCCUAAUUUAACAUUGUAGAAUACUGUAUAACAAACAUUUAUUAUCACGGUACCUGCAAUGGGUUUCCAGUUCAGUUUGCAGUCAAUAGGUUUUUGUAUUAUGAGUGUCUCCUUGAUUGGUUUUGCUAGUAAUUCUGUAAAUUGUACAUUUACAAUAUGAGGUUUUUUUUUCCUUUUGUACAAUUUAAAACUGAUGCUUCACCUUUCAUUUAAUAAACUAUUCAAAAUCAUGAGUACGAUGAGCACCCUCUUCACUAUAACUUUGUUUUAGAUACUGGUUUGGGCCAUCACAUCUUGUCAUCCCAUUAAUUAUAGCCAAAUGAAGUACUGAAUGGUAGUUCUCAUAUAGUCCAGGCUUCAAAAACAAGUUUAUUAUACAUAUCUUAACCAUUCAGCCUUAGAAGAAAGAAAAAUGUUAUCUGGUCUCUUUCCCCCUCCUCCCUUUUUUUCCCCCCUUUCUCUCCACUGUGGUGUGGCUUUGGUUGAUGGUGAGGUUUUAUUGUGAGAUUGCAGUACAUUUGGUAACUCAUCACACAACUUGGGAAGUCUCACUGCUGAGAAAUUCCAGUCUUUGCCAUGCUGUAAAAACUGUCAUAGAUUUGGAGAAAAAUUUCACUCUGCUGUCAUUUACACCUCAAAUGAUCUGGACCACAUGGGAAGAAAGCAGCAAUAAAGGCCUGGAAGGGCAAUGAAGUUUCACAGAUUCACAAAAUGAAACGCCUUCUGUGCCGCCCACAGCUCAGAGGAGGUGGUGCUGUUUUUCUCCACCCUAUUAAUGAUUUCAUCUCUGCAGAGCUGAAGGACACUGACUUGUCAUCUGGCAUGCCUCCCAAAAAAAAUCUGAGAGGAAAAGUAACAAUCAAACAGGUGAGGAAUGAGAUAGGAGUCAAGGCCUGAACUGCACUCUAGGUCUACUCUUCAGACACAACCUGAACCCUGAACCUCCCUCCAGCUGCCUGUAAGUCACCCUUAAUGCCUGACAUAUCAUGCUUGGCUUCUAAGUAAAAGGACUUCUGAAAGGAUUCUUAUUUUGUACCAAUUGUUUGUGCAGGGGAUGAGAAUGCAAGAGAAGCUGGAGAAGAAGUGUGGCCAGAACAUCUUUCCAGUAUGUUUCCAAAGCAUUGUGAUGGCAGAGCAAUGAAGCGCUCAGAAAUCAACAGCAUGUAAGAGUUGCUCUCUCCAGCAAGAGGGAGAAGAGAGGAUAGAGUCUGUUUAACAACUAAUGAGGCUAAGAAACUAGAACAACAGUUGUGCCUCUUCUUUUGUGACUUGACAACUGGGGGUUCUCAUUUAGCAUCUCCUGCUGGCUCAGAUCAGGCUGAGAAACUGCACAUAUUGCUUUACUGACACAGCUUUUUCCUCUGAACUUGGGACAGCCACUCUCUUACCUUUGAAAAUCCUCAUGGUCCUAUGUGAAUAACUCUUAAAGAGCAGAUACCUGAUUACACCACUUCUCACAACUAACUGAAGAACUCAUUUCAUUGCAUGGACCCCCAAAAUUCGCAUUUCAGCUGACCUUGCCUUGUUGCAGUGUGCUGUUUCCUGGGGCAGUGCAUGUCUGCUGCGAUACAGCCACGUACAUUCAAACAGCUCAGAUGCAUUUCCAUAGUCUGGAUACAUCGUCUCUAGUCUUUAGCUGGCUGGGAUCAUAGCUGAAACAGUCUUUCUCUGCUAUCUUUUAGGUCAUUUUUAGUGGUUGCUUUCUCCCCCCCCCUUUUUUUUUUUCUUUCAGGUUCUAUGGCUGAAGACAUCAGACACCAACUUGCACCUACCCAGGAAUAGUGCCUACCAGCAGAGUUGCACUCUUACCUCUUUCCUCCACUUCAGAUGCCUGGGGAGUGAACAGAAGCAGCAGGGAUCUGCAGGUAGAGUAAUUCUUUAUCUUGUAACACAUUACUGCUAAUUACUGAAGAUGCUCCCAACAGACAGGUCAACACAGGGUUCUUGUGCUGGAAGGUAUUUGCAGUAGCACUAACCAUGACAGUAACCAUCACCACUAGCUUUUGGGUCUGUAGUUCACAGCUUCUAAUGAGGAGAGUGAGCACAGAGCCAGUAGUAGUAACAUCUGUUACUUGAAAGUCAGGCAAAUAAUCAUAGGGAAAAAAAAACAGGCAGAAGAUAGGUCUGGAAGUCCCUAUUUCAACCCUCUGCUGAGGGAGAUUUUUUUUUCUUUUUUUUUUUUUUUUUUAUGUCCCAUUGGAAUUUCCUUUUUUUCCAAUUUGGGAAUCCAAACUGUCUCAUCCUCCAAGAGAAGCUUGGUUCCAUUUAUGUCCCCUAUGCCCCCAUGGCACACACAUAACUUGGUAACAACCAGAGACAGCACUGCUUCAGCAAGCAUAUAAAACUGCAACCUGGGCAAGCCUAGCAGAGGAACAGAGCAGGUUAGUCUGAGAUCUGCAAAGCUUGGAAUGCAACACACCAAAAUCCAAGCCUAGGAUUUUUCUUUCUGUGAGCUGUGGUGCAGGAAGCACAAGGCACCCAAGGUGCAGACUCAGGGCAGUACUCACAGCACAGAGUUGUGACAUCUCAGCAGUGAGAGGUCACUGCAGCUCUGCCUAACACAGCCACCUCUACAGCCCAUGGAAUGAAGAAUCCAAGGAGCAUUCAGCCCUCAACAACCCAUACCAGCAUCCCUGCAGCAGGCACUGCAGACUGUGUUGCU